CCUUUCGCAUAUUCUAAAAAGACUACUAUGGAAAACAGCUCAUUUACCAAAUCUGGCAUCCCAAAAUGUCGCAUCUGUAAAGACCGACAUUUCUUAAAAAACUGCCCAACUUUCCAAAGAAUGACCGUAUCAGAACGCAGAGAUGUCAUACGUGAAAAGGGUUUUUGUUUUAACUGUCUAUGUACAGCACACAAACGCAACUGGUGCCCGUCCAGAAAUAAAUGUAUGGUCUGUCGGCUAAACCACCAUACCAUGGUUCAUAUGGACAAACUUGAUUCCCCUAAAACAUCACAUCAACACCGUUUAAAAUCAUCUAAAAAAUCUCCAGACCCAACUGAACGAUAUGGUUCAGGCUCCCGUUCGCAGAAUUAUAAGGAGAGAAACCAAACGCAGCGACGCGCACAAUCUAAACCCAGCUCUACGUUCGGUCGACCUCGAACGCAUUUUAAGGAACGGCUGAGCAACAAAGCUCGAGCCCACAUAUUUUUACCAACGGCUCUUGCCCGGGUCCAGACCUCAACCGAUCCAGAAAAGGCGAGGCUACUACUGAAUUCUGGAGAGGCACAGACGGUGAUAUUAAAGACUUUAGUGGAUCGAUUACACCUGCGCACUACGCGCAGAGACAAUAAGGAAUAUUGUACGUUAAAUCUCGAGUCUUACUAUGACGCUCAAGCCAAAAUUCAAAUAGUUGGUUUAGUACAAAAGAGUUUUCGUACAACUCUACCAUCGAUAACCGAUACGCCAAAACUACAAAGUAUCUAUAACCACCUCACCAAUCUAGCUGACCCUCACUUCUACAAGCCUUCCAAUGUGGAAAUCAUAUUGGCCAACGACAAUAUACCUAAGAUUCUGCGAGCAGGAAUGAUCCAAACCUCCUCUAACAUGCCCAUUGCGCAGAGUACAAUUUUUGGCUGGACUAUCUCUGGAGAUUGUCAAUAUUGA